AUGACAUUGAAUGAAUUUGGAGACGAUAUGACGCAAGUUUUAGCUCUGAAGAGCUAUCUUCGGAGUAAUGAACUACUUGGAAUUACUUUCGAAGGCUCUAAAGAAGCUAUGAAACCGGGGAAAGGCGGCAUGAGAGAGCUUGAUUGGCUCGAAGAUAUCCAAGUCAUCGGAGAGAAAGAUAACAUAAACUAUCUCUCGCUUUUGAAUUACUGGAGAAACACUAUGAAUCGUUCGCUUGAGGCUUGCAAUAAGUUUGUUUACGAUAUUUCCGAUUUACCUGGAUUGGAAACACUUUCGAAGCAAAUGAAGGUGCUUAUCCUUAAGGAACUAAGCCAAAUGCAGCUGAGAAAAGAUUCCACGAUAAAUUAG